AUGCACAUUGUUGCUGGAGAAGACAUGAUCUAUGACAUGUUAUUACUGUUGUCGGUGCUGCUGCAGCUUGUGGGGCCGCCACGCGCCUGCCCAUGGUACGAUCGGUACUCAGAGGGCCCGCCGAGACUAGGGUGGAUCUUCAACAUGCUGCCGACGUCCAUUCCUGACGCCUCCGGCAACGAGAAGAGCGGGCUGGACAUGUACUUUCUGGAGCAAGAUGGCGGCACCUUCAAGGCUACGGUUUUCUACAAGCCGUACUUUUACGUGUUGGUGAAGGAGGAGCGGUACAUCCAGGACUGCAUCCAGUGCAUACGGCGGCGGUUCGAGGACUCAGCGGUGGAGGUUACGGUGGUGGACAAGGAGGACCUCGACAUGCCCAACCACCUCUCGGGAAAGCUGAGAAGCUAA